AUGGAAGAAGGUGUAGAAAGAUUCUCAUUACCAUUGAAGUGGAAACCGGGCGCUGAUCUAAUGAGCAGUAGGCUGCUGAAUGCGUCUCCUGACAGCUACUUAGUAGUCCCAACAAAAUGGGCAGAUGGUAGUCGAUCUGAUAUGGUCUACGCGUCUGAAAACUUCCCACCGAUAUUAAUUGAAGUGCAAUAUAAAGUUGAUCAAGAAUUUAUGUUCAGGCUUUUAAAAUACUGUUCAAAUGUUUAUUUCCGUUACAAAGAACAACCCGUCGUACUUGUCAUAGUGACUAAAUCCUUUUCUAGCUCUGAAUUUAAAAAUGAAUUCGACCUCCAUGCCGAUGGACUUCUACUUGAGGCAGUUUCCAAAUUCUGGGCUAAGCGAUGCUAUCUGUUGACUUCGGAUGCCGUGUAUAAUCAUUUCGACAAAGCAAACUUGAAUCCUAUGACAGCACUGGCUUACUUCUUUACACACCAUACUAUGACUCAAGUACCGCGACAACAUUGGGGAGACCCAAUGCUAUCAUCAAUAUUCCGUAUUGUGAAUAGUUUAUUGGAUAAGGAAGAUAAUGUCAAGACACUCCGAUCAAAUACUCAAUACUACUUAAGUCAAGUAAAAAGAAAUCUGGAAGAGAUUAUCGAAGACUGCAACAAUCAAGGAUCUAGCAGUACAUCAAAAGCACUAAUUCACGCUGAAGAAGGGCUUCUCUCGAUUAAAAAGAUGGAAAAUGAUUUAAAGGACAAUAACGAAAUUGAAGAAGAAAGCAAAGGCCCAAAGACGUAUAGCAAUGAAGAUGCUGAACUCAUUAAAACUCUCGAGCGAGCUUCAAUUGUGUUCCAGUCGAAGCUCGCUCGAAUGCAUUUUUUUCCAGCUCGAGCUCGCUCGAAGUUUCUUAAGCUCGUCUCGGUUGCAAAUACAAUAGCUCGAACUCGCUCGCCCUUUUUAUUACACAAAGUGAACGUCAAAGUGAUAUUAAUUACAGAAAAUUAUGAUAAUAAAAUUGUUGUUUAUUGA